UGUAAUCAAUUAAGUCUUGCUGGUUGCUUUUAUGUACUUUUUGGAACGUUUCGUCGAUGGAGAGCUGCGCCAACAAGGUUGGUUCCUAUGACACUAAGAAUUCCAUUCUACAUUGCGAUCACCGAUUUAUUGCUUUAUACAAUGAAUUUUCCAAAUAUCUUAUUCACAUUGAUUUUCCACCAUCCAUGGCCUGAUCCAAUAUGUGGAAUUAUUGGGUUUGCAUCCAACCUCUUCAUGAACCUAAAUAUGACAUUAUCUUUAAUGUUAUCAAUUUUUAUAUACGUAAGAGUGUGUCGAAAUGAAUAUUUUCUAUUGGGACCAUAUGAUUGGAAAUUGAUCUUAGUCGUAUUAAUAUCAUCAGUAUUGUUGGCAUCAUUUUCAUCAAAUGAUUAUGGGAAUGAUACGUGGUGGUGUGCUUCUUCACAUAAAAAAGUUUCAUAUAAGAAAAAACUAUAUCGGAAGAGAGUGGUGUAACUGAUGUAACUCAUAAAAAAUUAGUUGAAAUCAAUUAUAAAUUCGGUACGAAAGUUGUUACUUAUAUUAUUAUUUUUGUGCUUCAAUGGUAAGUUUUUUUCAUUUCCUUAUCAUAUUACGCGUUUAAAUCAUGAUCGAAGUGUGUGGACAUUCAUAUUAUUUGGUAUAUCGGUAAAU